GUGUGACGUCAUUUACUUUUGUUCAGAGUCUGACGAGGCGCGACAGACAGGUUAUUCUGGCGGGGGGUUAGGAGGCCCAUGCAGCGAUAAUUUAGUUGUUAUUGCAGAAAAUUUAUUAAUUAUUUAGGUCUAAGGAAUUACCACACCAUGGCUUCUAGCAAUAUGUAUAGAAUCGGAGAUUACGUUUACUUUGAAAAUUCCCCAAGUAAUCCCUAUUCAAUACGACGUAUAGAAGAAUUAAACAAAACCUCAAGUGGAAAUGUUGAAGCAAAAGUUAUUUGUUUUUACCGAAGAAGAGAUAUUUCCAACAGUUUACUUCUGCUUGCAGAUAAGCAUGCAAAGGACAUGGAAGAAGACAUGGACGAAGCUUCAACAGAUUUAAGUGAAAAUGAACGACACCAGUUAAACCACAAAGAACUUUAUUUAUCCCGCCAACUCGACAGUUUACCCGCCACUUAUAUAAGGGGCAAAUGCAGCGUAACUUUGUUAAACGAAACUGAAGAUUUGAAGUCAUAUUUAAACAAAUCUGACACAUUCUUUUACUCACUGGUAUACGAUCCAGCACAGAAGACACUUCUUGCAGAUCGGGGUGAAAUAAGGGUUGGUUGCAAGUACCAGGCAGAAAUACCACCUUUGAUUAAUGAAAAUGGAUACGACGGGAAGGAGGAUGAAAGUCGAGAGGAAAUGGUUUGGAAUCCAAAUAAUGAACUUUCGAAACAACAAGUUGAUCAAUUCAUGGUCAUUUCAAGAUCUGUUGGCACAUUUGCGCGAGCACUUGAUUGCAACAGUUCGAUCCGACAGCCAGCAUUACAUGUUAGUGCUGCAGCUGCUUCAAGAGAUAUUACUUUGUUCCACACCCUCACAUGUUUGCAUAAGAAUAAAUACAACAUCGCCGAUGCAAUAUCAUCAUUGGUGCCCAAGACAGGCCCCAUGUUAUGCAAGGAUGAGAUGGAAGAUUGGUCGCCUUCUGAAGCAAAUCUCUUCGAAGAAGCGUUGGAAAAAUAUGGAAAAGAUUUCCUGGAUAUAAAACAAGACUUUUUACCAUGGAAAACCAUAGCCAGCAUUGUGGAGUAUUACUACAUGUGGAAAACAUCAGAUAGAUACGUUCAACAGAAAAAAUUAAAAGCUGCAGAAGCUGAAGGAAAACUUAAACAAGUUUAUAUUCCUAAUUACAACAAACCAAACCCGAACCUAAUCAAACCAGUAAAUGGAGAAAGUAAUGGGAAGGCUUGCGAAGGAUGUUUCUGCACAUCUUCAUUCCAAUGGUACACAUGGGGUCCGCCUAACAUGGGUUGUAGAUUGUGUGCUACAUGUUGGAUGUAUUGGAAGAAAUACGGAGGUUUAAAGAUGCCACCUUCAAGUAGAUUGGAACGGAUGCAUAAUCAUAAGAUUAAAGGAACAGACAAAGAGCUACGUUACCGACCACCAAACAGCGGUGUUGCCAUCGUGGCCACUGGAGGGCCUCACAGAGCACAGCGAAUUUCCCACAAGACCAAACAAGCUUUCUUCUUAAACGCGACGAAACUUACACGACUUGCCCGUCGUUUGUGUAACGAGACAUUCUCCAUCAGACACUACAGUAGAAGGCCGUUCGAAGCAAUCAACAUUGCUGCUAUUAAAGCAGAAUGUCAAGUAAGAUUGUCUUCUUCACCAAAAGUAACGACAAAAUUCCCUCAGAAGAAAUGGCCUCCAUUGUCAGUUGUUGUUGUUCGAUUGUUGACGCUUCGACCACAACUUACCCAUCAGUCCGUUAAAAAAUCAUUGUCAAAAAUAAAAACAUCGGUCGAAGUCGCAACGAAUAAUAAUCAUCAUUUAUUACCAAGUAGUGGAAGCUUAAAGAGGAGUCAUCAUAAUGGUCAGAAGAUGGGGGAUAAUGGAUCAAUUUAUAGAGUUUCAAACGGUCCACAGAAGAAGAAAAGGUGUUUGAAUUCAACUGAUGCUUCAGAUGAUAUGUUGUUUGUAUGUACUGAUCGUAUAAGGGAUAUACGGAAACGAAUCAAAUCAUCAGACCAACGUAGUGCUGCAAGGAAACCAACAAAGUUCCUAAUCAACAUGCCGAAGUUUGCAAUGAAACCACCACCUACAAAACAUAUCAACCCUGAACCUAUAGUGAUAGAUGAUUAGCUUGUGUGGUCCUUGUUUAGGGGAUUCACCCAUGUACCAGUCCUGCCACGUCGGUGCUUUUCGAUGUGAGGUCCACAAACCAAAUUGUCGUUCAAGAUAAAAUUAUUUAUUUUUCACUUCCGCAGCUGCAGACAUUUCCAAUAAUACUGUCACAUGAUUGGCUAUGAUGUCACAUGGUUGACUAUGAUGUCACAUUGUUGGCUAUGAUGUCACAUUGUUGGCUAUAAUGUGAAUACAGUUUUUUCAAGCAA